AUGACACUUCUUUGGUUUCGCAGUUAUCUUUCAAACAGGAAACAAGUUGUAAAGAUCCACUCAACUAAAUCAGAACUUCUUCCUGUGGUCAGUGGUGUACCCCACGGAAGCAUUCUCGGCCCUAUUUUGUUUAGCAUAUAUGUUAAUGACUUGCCAUCCGUUCCAGAGAAAUGUAAAUCUAACAGUUAUGUGAACGACACAAAACUUAGCGUUUCCUUCCAUCUACAAAACAAGCAAGGUGCCAUUGAAGAUAUGAAUGAGGAUCUUUUGAAAGUGCGAAACUGGUGUUUCAACAACCUUCUCUUAUUAAAUCCAAAAAAGACAAAGCUCAUGGUUUUCCGAAGUAGACACAAAUUAGCGGACCUAAAUGAGUUUAGCCUGUCCCUACUUGGGAAAAAUAUAUUCCCUUCCGAAACAGUGAAAGAUCUAGGAGUUACUCUCGACCCUCUCCUUUCUUAUGACGAACACAUAACUAAGACGAUCUCUUCGUGUAUGUCCCGCCUCGGUCAGAUAAAUCGUAUUAAGCAUGUACUGGACAGGCAAACACUUAUCACUGUAAUAAACGCUCUUGUCUUCAGCAAGUUAUUUUACUGUUCGAAUGUUUGGGCCAAUACAACUGGCAAAAACAUAAACAAAUUACAAUCUGUACAGAACUUUGCCUGUCGUCUCGUUAGCGGAGCACGAAAGUAUGAUCAUGUUACACCACUUUUAAAAGAAUUAAGAUGGCUUCCUGUGGCAACUCAGUUGUACUAUCGUAGCGCCACUAUGGCUUUUAAGUGCAUGACGGGCUGUGUCCCAGCUUAUAUUUCAUCCCAAUUUAUAAAGCGUCAGGAAGUAUCUAACCAUCAUACUAGGAAUUCACAACAACUUAAUAUUCCGUUAUUUAAAACGGCAACAGGUCAACGGACAUUUUAUUACAAGAUUGUUAGUCUAUGGAAUUCUUUAGACUCUUCUUUAAAACUUUGUGAAUCAGUUGAUUCUUUUAAACGUCGUUUGAAGACGAAGUUAUUGCAUGAGUUUUUGAGCAACUAG